AUGCAAUGCGGUUUGUGCAUAUAUAUUUGCAUUUAUAUAAUAAUGAUAGUUGUUGGAGGAGCAAAUGUCCGAAACUGUUCGGCGGAUGACUAUCUUCCAGUUUGGAUGAUGGUUUACGGAUGUACUGAAUUUCCAGGGGCAACACGGCUAUAUCCAAUUUUCACAAAAGUUCAGCACACUGACAAUGAAGGACUAUUUUACUGUCCCCAAUCGGUGUAUUUACUAUCAUUCAUGAUUGCAACUAUCGAUCUUCUAAUCAGCAUAACUGUUUUGUUCUGUUGUGCUUUUUGCGCUCGAUCAGUUGCAUCUUAUUUAAUGAAAAAUAAAACCAGCUUUUAA